AUGGCCAAAACAAGAUCAAAAAAGCAGGGCGGCGAGCCUGCUGCUAAAAAGCAAAAGGUUGCUCAAAGUCCUAAGAAAGCCACCAAAAGCCAACUGAAAGAUGAGGUGAAAGAGUACGGCUAUGUCUCCAAGAAGCAGGCAACCGCAGCACUCACUGAACUCUCUAAGUUCUUAGAUCGUCAGAAGGAAAUCUCAGAGAAGUCGCAAUUGUUUGAUGACGAUGAAGAUGAUGAGGACAAGAAUGUCUACUUGGAGGUGCAGAAAAAGAAAUAUUUCAGCAAGAAGCCUGCUUUCAAGGCGAAGCUCAUCUCCAUCCCAAAGCCAUAUUUGAACGUCAAGAACGACAUCAAGACAUGCUUUCUUGUCAGAGACACAUUCAUCCAGACUAAUGAAGACUUGGAGAAGGUUGAGGCUGCCAACAUCCCAACCUUGAGCAAGAUUCUCACGUUGAAGCAGCUCAAGACAAUCUACCACCCAUACGAAAAGCGUCGUGAGUUGUACAAGGAGUACGACUUGUUCGUCACUGACGAUGCUAUCUUGUCAUCGCUUCCCAACGUUUUGGGUAAGAUCAUGUACGAUAACCAGAAGACCAAAUUCCCAGUUCAAAUCAGACCGUACGAAUCAAACCUGCCAAAGGAACUCUCGAUCAAAAAGCUUCAGAGUCAGAUCGAAAAGGUUUUGCAAUCUGCACCAUACUUACCUCCAAUGGGUACCACCGCUCACUUCAAGCUCGGUGCCCUCAAUAAGCAUUUCACCCAAGAGGAGUUGCUCGAGAACUUGCACGCCAUUCUCAAAGAGUUUGAGCAAGACGAGUUGGUGACUGUGGGAAUCAAGACCGACAAGUCUCCUGUGUUGCCCCUCUUUUACACCGAUAAAAUAUAUAACGAAGACGAUGUUCUCGAGCUGGCUCCUGAGGAAGCCGAGGCCGAGGUCAGCGAGGAUGCUUUCGCUACUGCUUUGCUCGAGUUGGCCGACGAAGACGCUGUCAACACCGCUCUCAAAGAAAACAGAAUGGGCAAGCUUGCGAGGGCCAACGAGUACAAGUCUCUGGAAGACUGUCUCCACAUCGGUGAUCUUAAGGUACCCAAGAAGUACAUCACGAUUCACAUAGGAAGCCAGGAACUCAACAGUACCUCACAAACACCGCUUUCGAUUACCUUUGAAUCCAUUUGCACGACUACAGUUAACGGAACGGUCUACAAGAUUCCUUCCAAAGAAGCUGAACCCAUCACAGAGCAGUUUACUGAAGAUGACCUUCUACUCAGAGUCAAUGCCAACAAGUCUGAUCGCAUACAGCUUCGUCUUCAAUGGCGUGAUGUGAAUGUGGUGGCUUUCUCGAAGAAAAUGUCCUAUGAUGGCGAGUUGAUGGAAUCACCUCUACCUGGCAACAUUAGGAGUCUAUACGACAGUGGCAACGAUGUGAGAUUGGUUUCAGAUCCGCUUCUGGCAUCACACUACUUGACCUUGAUUGACUUGAACGACUUCAACCUAAGAAUCGCCUUGCUGAGGGCACUACCUGUUGUUUCUGAAAAUUGGGUAGAGGCUAUCAGAGAAGAGCCACAGAAGGUGGAAGACUGGUUGUUGGAUAUCAAGGACGAGUAUAUCUACUCCAAAUCUGAAAGAAAUUUUGUCUUCCCUGAUACAAACAGAAGGAGCUUGCUAUCUGGUAUAAAUUGCUUCAUAUGCCAUGGCCCUGUCACCAAGCAAGUAGGCAGGUUACAAGAGUGGAUCAGGUGUCUAGGAUGCGAGCCUACCAUGCUAGGCGCCGAUACUCAGGAGACCAAUGAUGAAAAGGUGGACUUCUUAAUGGAACGCCUGAACAACACUGAUGUUCUUUGGAAUGCUGUGGUGACUAAGUCCACAUCACAUCUCCGGCCAUUCACUCCUAAUGUCAAACGUGAAUCCCAAGUGGGUGACCUACGGUUGUCUCAACGUAAGAAAAGACGGAAACUUGAGAAGGUUGGCGACACUGACUUCUUCCUGUUCAGCCAAAAGCAGUCAACGCCUGCUUCCGAGCCAGAGGUUUCGGAUCAUGUUGAAGUUAAUCCUGCUCCACUGGCUCAGCAAAGUCAAUUAGUCAAUGAUGACCACGCGAAUAGCAAGUUGGAAAAAGUAUCAACUUCAGAGCCUCCGAAGACUACAGUGCCUUCCAAGUCUGACGGAGAGGUGAGAAUUGACGAAGAAGACACCGAAUCCGCCACACAAAGCAUUGAAGCCUCUGGGGAGCUUAACAAGCGACCUCUGGACUCCAUCAUCGAGCAAGAAGCAAAGAAACAGAAAGCAGAACCUGCCAAGCUGCGAGAGAAAGUCGUUCCUAGAGUAUCUCUUGCGGAUGCGGUUCUUUCGACGAAGAAGCAAGCUGAUGAUGUGGUGAAGAAGGAGCUUGGGCUUGAUGAGUUUGAUGAGAAUGUGAAUGAAAAGCUAGAUAAGUUAGUCAUUGUUGAAGAAGUGGAUCUCGUUGUUCGAAAGAAAAAAGACAGAAUUGAGGCAAGACCCGACUAUAAAGGUCGCAAGAACUUUAAGAACUUCAAAAAAGCAGGAUCUGUUCCCAAAAACGUCACGAGAACUUUCAUUCCCUUGGAAGACCACGAUAAUAGCAUACAUUUUGAGGACUACGCUCCUCAGAGGAAUAUUGAAGUGAAGGGCCGAGAAAUGAAAGAGGUCAAGGGCUAUCAGCCUCAAGAGUCUCAACUAUUCGUCGGAGAGGAGUCAGAUGAUGGGGAAGAUAUGCCAUUUUCAUUCCUGACUACAUCGAGGGAACCAACCACACUUACAUUGAGACCUGACGAUGAGAGCGACGAUGAUGGAGAUGUUGCAUUUGCAUUUACUAGAAAAUAA